UGGUGCUCCGCUCGUUCAGUUCUGUCUCAGAAGUCUCUUUGGCUUCCUCUCGCGGCCGAGCACGCAACGCCGAGUGCAGAGAGAAGCUCCCGUGACCCAGCAUGUCAUAGUCGUUUUAAAGCUCAGAACUCUAAAAUGGCAGAGCAAGUUCCUCCAGGCAAGACUGCUAACCAGGUAUGCACCUUCCUUUUCAAAAAACCUGGGCGGAAAGGGGCUGCAGGCCGCAGAAAGCGCCGGGCCUGCGAUCCGGAGCGGGAUGAGAGCAGCAGCAGUAGUGAGGAAGGCAGCACUGUGGUUCGCCCGGAGAAAAAGCGGGCGACCCACAAUCCAAUGAUACAGAAGACUCGUGGCAGCGGUAAACAAAAGGCGGUUUAUGGCGACUUGAGUAGCGAGGAGGAGGAGAUGGACAAUGCGCCCGAAAGUCUUGGGGUGGUUUAUAAGUCCACCCGCUCGGCGAAACCCGUGGGACCAGAGGAUAUGGGGGCGACAGCUGUCUACGAGUUGGACACAGACAAGGAGCGUGACGCACAAGCUAUCUUUGAGCGCAGCCAGAAAAUCCAGGAGGAGCUGAGGGGCAAAGAAGAUGACAAGAUCUAUCGGGGAAUUAAUAAUUAUCAGAAAUACAUGAAGCCCAAGGAUACGUCAAUGGGCAAUGCCUCCUCCGGGAUGGUGAGGAAGGGCCCCAUUCGAGCGCCGGAGCAUCUGCGUGCCACCGUGCGCUGGGAUUACCAGCCCGAUAUUUGUAAGGACUACAAAGAGACUGGUUUCUGCGGCUUCGGAGACAGCUGCAAAUUCCUCCAUGACCGUUCAGAUUACAAGCAUGGGUGGCAGAUCGAGCGUGAGCUUGAUGAGGGUCGCUAUGGUGUCUAUGAGGACGAAAACUAUGAAGUGGGAAGCGAUGAUGAGGAAAUACCAUUCAAGUGUUUCAUCUGUCGCCAGACCUUCCAAAACCCAGUUGUCACCAAAUGCAGGCAUUAUUUCUGCGAGAGCUGUGCGCUGCAGCAUUUCCGCACCACCCCACGCUGCUAUGUCUGUGACCAGCAGACCAAUGGCGUCUUCAAUCCAGCGAAAGAAUUGAUUGCUAAACUGGAGAAGUAUCGAGCUGCACCACGGGGUGGUGCUUCUGAUUUCCCAGAAGACACCGAUGAGAUUCCUAUUCUCAUUACUUAAGUUUCCUACAGUUCACAAAUUUAAAAAUAAAUACUUUAUUCUCAUGGAAA